UAUAUUGGGACAACUAUUUAAUUAACUUAAAAUCAAUGGAUCAAAAUAAGGAUAAUAAAUCUGGUACAUCAUCAUCACCAUCGACAGCAACAACAACAACAACAACAACAACAACAUCAUCAUCAUCAUCAUCAACAACAACAACUGAUACUAAUACUACCCCUAAAGUUGAUGACUUUAUGGAUCAAUUGACCGAAGUUAUAGAUGCCGGAUCACACGGUAUAUUAUAUAAAGUGCAAAACUCGCUAAAAGACCAGUCGUAUGCCGUGAAAGUGGCUACACUUCACGAGUGUGAGGAACGUGAUGUACUGGAAACGGAGAUCCUAUGUCUGAUGAGUGCCCGUUCAAAAUACGUGACCGCCUAUUAUGAUCACAAAAUAGUCAACGACCAGUUAUAUUUGCUGAUGGAUAUCAGUACCGGUAAUCUACAAAAUCUAUUGGACGUCAAACCUAAGAUAUGUCGCCGAAAAUCGGGUGAUCCUAUUGGCGUACCCGAGUUUUAUCUGACCGCUUGGAUAUUCAAACUAUUGUUGGAAGCUGUCAAUCAUAUACAUAGUCUCGAUCCGAAAAUCAUUCACCGGGAUAUCAUACCGAAAAACAUAUUGAUUGAAGUGAACGGCUUUAAUGACAGUUAUGUCAAACUGUGCGACUUUGGCGUCUCUACUCAAUACCCGAAUGUGUAUAAUAAGAAAAACACUACCAAUGCCGGCACUACAGAAUACAGGGCUCCCGAAGUUCGCGAAUCGGGUAGCGAUUAUGACCAUCGGGCGGACAUCUAUUCGGUGUCCAUUGUCGGUGGCCAAUUAUUUGAACUAACAAAUCACAAUGAUAUAGAUAUACUUGAAGCUUGUGAUUCCAGUCUAUUAAGACCGGGAGCCUAUUGUAGGGAACGGCUGGCAAAGAUUUAUGACUGGCUGUGUCGUAUGCAUAGAACGAAUCCCGCUGGCCGACCCGAUUGUGGGCAAGUGUUAGACGAUUUUGGUAACUGGAAUUUUCCGAUGGACAAAAUUAUGAUGAUAUGGAUGGCCAACUAUAACUAUAGAUUCUGGAAACUGGUACCACCCGUCACACCCGAUCAACCUAACGAAGAGAAUGUUAUGGUUAGGGCCGGACUCGACCGAUACGAUAGUCUACAGAAGCUUAUCGCCAAACUGGAGACACCCGAGUGGUCGGAACUGUUGGACGCAGUGUUUACCGAAAACAGGUAUAGACUGUGAAAUCAAAU